AUUAGCUCUUCCUUCUCUCUUCUUGAUUUUUCUUGAAACCAUUUGCUCGGUCUUGCGCUCUCCCACGGUUUCCAGCGUCCGUAAAGCGGGAAGACUGCGAAGAAAUCGGACACGAACCACUCGUCCCAGAUAUCUGGCCAAAAUGCCUCUCUGGCUUUGCCUCAUUCUCAAAGUCGUUCCUCUUUAAGUUGCAAAACUCUGCCCUAUACCUCACCCUCAGCUUGUUUCACUCUCCUGCAGCUGCAGAGUGAAGAAUUGUAUGAUAAGCAUGCCCUCAAACCCAAAAUGGGUGAGAAUGAAAUCAAAGAGGAAUCUUGACAAUUUUGUAGUUGGCACCGUGCCAACGGUGAUGUAUGUUCCAGACUUCAUCACUGAUAGCGAAGAAACGCAGCUGCUAGAUAAAGUACACAACUCUCCAGUAUCAAAGUGGAAAUCUUUGAAGAACAGGAGGCUGCAGAAUUGGGGCGGCAUCGUCCAUGAAAAGGGUCUACUUCCCCAAGAAUUGCCUCCAUGGUUGAAGAAGGUUACUGAAAACGUAUCUGAAGAAUCAGGGUUGUUUCCUUCAGCAAUUAAUCACGUCCUCAUCAAUGAAUACCUUCCCGACCAAGGCAUAAUGCCACACCAAGAUGGGCCUGCUUAUUAUCCAGUUGUAGCAAUUCUGUCUCUUGGAUCAGCUGCGAUAAUGGACUUUGUUCCUCAUCCCAGUUUGAGGUCAUCCCCUAAUACAUCUGGCGGUGAUUGUGAGGAUGAUGAGCUUAAUGGGGCUUCUGACUCCGGGACCAACAAAUGGUUGAAUAACCAUCAUCCCUUUUCUAUUGUGUUGAUGCCUCGCAGUUUAUUGAUAUUUAAGGAUGACGCAUACUCCAGUUAUCUACAUGGCAUAAGAGAUAGUUCAAUACAUUGGUAUGAUGGGGCCGUGAAUGACGCCGAAACCGUGGGGCCUCAGCUGCCGUCGGUUUCGGAAGAAGGAGAUGAAGCUGUGAGAAGCGGAGAUGGCAAAUGUAUUCAUAGGACUGGCACUAGAAUAUCAUUGACAUGUCGACUAGUGUUGAAAGUUCACCAUAAGCUAUUCAAGUUUUAGACA